AUUUUUUUUGAUGCGUCCAGCGCUUUUAUCGAGUCGUCGCUCUUUGCAUUUUUGGCCUCGUGUUUCCGUCAUGAAUACAAAGGUUCUGCCAGUCGAUAUUACCCACUUUCGCUUUCAAGCACAGCCGGACGAUGAAUUUGGGGUCCAAAAUGCGAAACCGGUCAUCACCAAAGAGACGGAUCAAACCGCCAUUCUCGAAGCCGUUCGAGAACUGAAAGCAGGUCAAGCUGUUGGCAUACCGACCGAGACAGUGUACGGAUUAGCAGCCAAUGCUUUGCAGGAAGAUGCCGUGGCCAAGAUCUUUGCCGCCAAGAAUCGACCGGCAGAUAAUCCACUCAUUGUGCACGUUUCUUCGCUGGACAUGCUGAAAACGUUCAUGCCGGACAACACCAUUCCGCCAGUGUACCUUCCCAUUAUCAAAAAGCUGUGGCCGGGACCCUUAACCAUCAUUCUUCCGAGCUCUCCUAUGAUUCCCUCUACCGUUACCUGCAGUCAACCUACUGUCGCCGUCCGCUUUCCCUCUCAUCCUGUUGCUCGUGCUCUCAUCGACGCCUGUGGAUUUCCAUUGGCCGCGCCUUCCGCCAAUUCCUCGGGUAAACCAUCUCCGACUUUGGCGAGCCACGUUUUCCAUGAUUUGCAAGGCAAAAUACCUCUGAUCCUCGAUGGCGGACCUUGUGAUGUAGGUGUCGAAAGCACAGUAUUGGAUGCUCUUCGUACUCCGCCCGCCAUUCUACGUCCUGGCGGCAUCACCUAUGAAUCCUUGCUGUCCCUUCCUCACAUGAACAAAUUGCAAGUGUAUCGCAAACAUUUUGUCGAUGAAGCACUGGAACAAGCACCGACCACUCCCGGUAUGAAAUAUCGUCACUACUCUCCGGAUGCCAAAGUCGUGCUUUUUGAGCAUUCAGACAAAGUCAGCGAGACAACCGUGCACGAGGUGUUUGAAACGAAAUGGAAAUCUGAAUUAGCAGGAUUUCAGAAAGCGGGUGUGACGGUGCGUAAAGUGGGAGUUCUGCAGACGACUCCGGAAGGAGAAGCAUGCCAUUGGGAACAAGUGCAAUCCAAAGACGGGGUAGAAUACAUCGAGAUCCAAAUGGGACGACGUGGGCAUCCGGAAGAAGUAGCGCGCGGCAUGUUUAAAGGAUUACGUGAACUGGAUUCUCGCGGCGUGGAUCUCAUUUUUGUGCAAGGGAUUCCCGAACUCCACGAAGGCAUGGCUGUUAUGAAUCGAUUAAGAAAAGCGGCCUCCAAAAUCAUUGACCUCGGGGAACUCUAAAAAAUAGAAUAUAGACAAGUAAAAAGACACAGAAAGAGAAAAAGGAUCCGGAUAUGAAAGUAAUGCGUAUGCUUCAUUCCCACAUUAUUUGUAUAGAGGAAUAAUGGCAAUUUAACUGUAUAUAAAAAACCUCAAGGCAUUGCUAUUUCGU